GUGCGACACCAAGUCCCAUAAGGCUACCACUCUUUAUAAGUAUCUCCUCGGUGAUAUGAUGUUGCAACGGUUGCAACGGGCAAUGGCAAUGGUAAUGGCUACACGCACCGUAAUAUUAUAAUUGUAGAAACAGUGUUCCAUCGCCAGGAUAUCACAGUAGAAAUGUAGUUCUCGUUACUCAACGAAUCUAACGUGGUUCAAUUGUAUCAGACACAUUUUCUCGAUCAAUUAAAUACGACCAACUGAUCUGUUCCAUGAAUUCCCUACCGAAUAAUACGUCAACAGAAAAUGACAGUAUUAGAAACAGAGGAAGAUGCAGAUAAGCGUUCUGUUCCCCCUAGGAAGAGAAUUUGUUUGUCCCUUUCUGGCCGCGAGCAUACGAGCUCUAACAUUUUUCAGGCUCCUCAGAUUUCUGAGAGGGAGGGCCGUUUGAACAGGAAUAUCUUUAUUACCUAUAGUACAAGCAAAAUGUUGAAUGGUUAUCGCAAUCAGCUGAGCAAUCAUCAAGAUGGAAGUUACGACGUGUCUAGCAGUGGUUCCGAAGGAUUGAGAAUAGCCACUUUGUGUAAUUUAGGGAAUACGUGUUUUUUGAACAGUGUGAUAUAUACUUUACGGUUCGCACCAUCCUUUCUACAUAACUUGCAUCAUUUGGCCACCGACCUGUCCAAUUUGAACGACAAACAACUUCAAACUAAAGCGAAAUCGUCGUCUCUAGGUAGAACCGGGGUAUCGUUAACGUCGAGCGGUAGCAGGAGUUGGAGCAGUAAAGAUCUAUUGGCUCUGGCUGGACCGACGGGAGAUACGAACAAGCACAGAAUACAAAUAGCUACCGAGAAGCUGCACGAACUGUUCAUGGCCUUGCGCGCGUCCGAGGCGAAAGAAAACAGCGAGCCCUAUCAACCAGACGCAUUUCUGCAAGCCCUCAGGGACGUGAACCCUAUUUUCGAAGGGAAUCAGCAGCAGGACGCUCAUGAGCUGUUGGUGUGCCUACUCGAUAACAUUAGGGAAACGUUCCAGUUGUUGGUGAAACACAGAGAAAGUCAAUUCGGGCAGAGUAGCGACGGAGCGUCGGAUUUUUCCACGGAACAUCUGCCAGAUGCACAGUCGGAAGGUAAUAAUUCGAACAAACGAAGCAUUCGUAAGUCUAGAAAGAAGAAGAAGCUGACGUCGAGGGACAGCUCGUCCUGUCUCGUACAGUCGAAUCUGAACGGCGUGUCCUCUAGACCUUACGAGAACAUGAAAUACUACAUGAAAUACUGCAUGAAGUACGAGAACGGUCACACCGAAUUCUCCGAGAGUAACGGAGACGCGAACAGUCACAGGCCGGAGAGCAAGAAAUGUUUCAUUUCCGAGGAUUUCGAAGGCGUCAGCCUUCUGCGGACCACGUGUCUCGAGUGCGAACACGUCACCGAGCGGAAAGAAACGUUCUGCGACAUAUGCGUGCCUAUCGACAUUGACAGAUCGAGCGAGAAAGACAAAGAUGCGAGGCCCAUAGACAGUAGCGAGGUCUAUAAACGCGCGGUAGUGACUAGCGAGCUUCUCUGGGGUCGAGACAAGUACUGGUGCAGUCGUUGUCUUCGAUACAACGAAGCUCGCAGAGCAGUGUGUUUCCCAUCGUUACCGAGGUUGCUCAUAUUGCAGUUAAAGAGAUUCUCUACCGCGGCAGGGUCGAUGGAGAAAAUAAAUAACCAUAUGCCAACGCCGUUGACGUUGCAAUGUUUCUGCGAGGAGUGCAACAACGAUCAGACGCGUGGAACCACAGCCGGCGGCAGAUCGGAGUCGCGACAUGUAUAUAAACUGUAUUCCGUUAUAAUGCAUCAAGGCGCGACGAUGACAGCUGGUCACUACGUCGCAUACACUCGCCUGCCCGACGAAUCCGCGUUCACAGAGUACUUUCAGUGUGACAGAGACAGCAAGAGGCAAACUUCCGGUCAGAGCGGCAGCGGCGGCAGCGUGAGUGGCAGCGGCAGUGGCGGCGGCGGAGGUGGCAGCGGCACAAACGCGAAUUCGUCUUCGGACAAAUCGUCCGGUAUAUUGAAGUAUUUUCGAAGCAAGCCGAGCGCGAGCGAAAACAAGGAGCAGCUGAUCAGAUUUGGUUGUCGCAGCAUGGAUUGCUGCGGCGUCAGACGCCACAAGCUUCCUAGUACGUGGCUGGAAUGCGACGACGAAGCAGUGCACGUGAUACCGUUGCGCGAGUUAGAAGAUAAAUUAGCACCGAACCCGCGGAACUCCGCCACCCCGUACCUCUUGUUCUAUUAACGAAUUUUCGUUAUGAAACAUCAACAGGUUUCGGUCGAUUUUGUAAGUAUGGUUUUCACCGCCUAUUCGUACUUGGCUCUCGCUGGAGCAGUCUGGAUAUUUCUGCGGCUCAUCCAGGCCUGCUUUUGGCUACCACGACACUUGAAGAGACAGAAUCAAGUCCAACAGAUGUUACAGGACAAGGUAGAAAACUAUGAGAAAUAUAUAAUGGAAUGUGAAGAAAAAGAGAAGCUCGAACACGGCGAAGAGGUGAAGAAUCCCGAGCAGGCAGAGAAAUGGAAAGAACGUAGAGAAUGCCUUGCGAUGUUGAAGAAAGAGUUGAACAGGGUACACGAUGGUCGCGACGAGCCGCAAGAUUGGGACUAUCUUUUGGAGGAAGAGGAAACAGAAGAAAAAGCUGACAUGAAGGAAACUAAAGGCGACGAGACGUCGAAAAACGGACCUAACGACGAGACAAAUACAGAUACGACCGCUGUCAACGAAACUGUCGGUCCAGAGAAUAAAAAGGACAAAUAAAGACGACGGCACGCGUACGUGAACCGAGAAAAAAGUUAUUAACAAUUACGCGCAGAUUCUAUGACAACUAAUCGACUCACCAUUCGUGUACGUGUCGUUGUCGUUCAACGAUCGUUCAACAAUUAGUUCUUACGAAUACUUAUAUUUCGAUCGUGUAUCUGUUCGACGACGAGGCAAGCUAUACUCGUGGUCCCGAGAGUCUAGGACCGUUUCGCGCAGUUUGGAAGGUGGUGGGGGUCGCAGCGAACUCCCUCCAGACGGUUCAGUAUGCACGGUAAAGCAUUGAGAUGCGUAAAACGAUUAAAAACUGAACUGUGCCCGGUCCUAGACUCUCGGGACCGCAAGUAUACAAUAAUUAAUUUUUAAUUCAAAGAUCUGUGAGCGAUACCGUCAGGGAAACUGAACGAAAAAUUGGGAAUACCCACUCACGUGCCUUAAACCGCGACGAAAGUUUCAUCGUCGUGAUUCGACGCGAACGCAUCGAUUUUUAUAACGUAACGAUGAUACAUGCAUAGCAGGCAUGUCAAGCUCGUUAACUAUUGAGGGCCAUAUUAAGUAUUAUACCAUUCAGUAUAGUCAAAUAAUGUUUACACUGUCCAAAUUUGGUUGAAUUUGUUGAGCUGUAGUUAUUUUUAAAAUUACUUGCAUAUGUUUGUCUGUUAAUGUUGAUCCUUCUGCAGUUUUAUUAUUUUUUAAAGUAGAAAAUGGUUGUCCGCACAAAUGUGUGCUACCGAAUAUAGAUCCAGUGUUGUCAAAAGUAAAAUAAACGUAUUGGUUAUCAAUAGCGGGCCGUUUGUUUGACAUGCCUGAUGUAUUUUAGGUGUAAACAUUUCGACCGAACGUCAGUACAGAAAUAUAAUUUUUUAUGCAACUACUGCACAGUAUUUUUGAAGAUACAUUAAGAAAUGCAUGUUCAUUCAAAUUGUUCUAUGUGUAUUAUGUAUAUAAGUGUAUAUUUGUACUGUUUGAAUUAUAAAAUGUACUGGAAGGAUGAGCCAGUGAGUGGAAAUUG